UAGGUAGAGCUGCCGCUAUCCUCGCCCGACCGCCAGACCUGUUACCACCCGAGAUCCCAGCUGGCGGCGGCAUCCUGCGCAGCUGCUGCGGCCGGGGGGCGGAUUUGCAGGCAAGAGAGAGACCUCCCCAGCCUUGGGGGCUACCCCCGCGGCCGCAGGCAUGAAGUGAUGCUCCAGGGACCAGAGUCUCAGGCGCUGCUCCUGCUCCUGCUCUUGCUGCUAGACAGCUUAGUCUUCUCCUCCCUGACCCCCAGUCCACCCAGAGAGAGAAGGGAAGGGAAGGCAAGGAAAAGUCAAGGCCCAAACCAACCUCUCCAAAACGCUUCUCUGGGAGAGCUGCCUCCACUGCUGCCCCUCGCUCAGAACCUUACCCCUCCCAGCUCUUCAGCCCCCACAGGGGUUGGAACUUUGGAGGGCUGGGGGCUGAAGGGCAGGAGAAGUGGCCCUUUCCGAGGUACAUGUCUCUUAGUUGAUUGGAUAGUUGGCCUCCCCUUCCCCACCCACCAUGGGCACCCAAAGACCCUGCUUCUCUCACAACCUGUUGGACACCACCCCAGCCAGGACCAUCCUGGUGUACCGUAACGGAGACAAGUUCUACGUGGGCAAGAAGUUUGUGAUCAACCGCAAGCGGGUUCCCAGCUUUGAAGCCUUGAUGACUCAGUUGAAUGAGAAGGUAGCAGUGCCCUUCGGAGUGAGGCGGCUCUACACGCCCUGUAAUGGACACCUGGUCCAGGACCUGGAAGAGCUGCAGCAAGGGGGCAAAUAUGUGGCAGCUGGGAGAGAAAGGUUCAGGAAACUGGAUUACUUCCACAUAGCUCCUCGGAAACCUACAAAGAUGAAAAAGGUCAAGGAAAUCAGACCAGUUGUGCACAGUGACAUGAUUGUGCCUUCUAGGUGGCAAAUAUUUCAUCGAAAGCCACGCCAUAUAAGUGUUUUCACAAAUGGGAAUCUGUUCAUUCCACCUGCAAAAUUAAUUAUACCCAGAUUCACUCUAUAUGAUUGGGAUAAUGUCCUGGCCAUGAUUGGAGAAAAAGUUCACCCCCACUCAGGGGGUGUUCGAAGACUGUAUACAAUGGAUGGACUUCUUCUGGAUGGCUCGAGUGAGUUGAUUGACCACCAUUACUAUGUUGCAUCAGGACUGGAGGCCUUUAAACAUUUGCCCUACUGGGAAACACAGAAGGUUCCUCAUGACAUCAAAAAAAGGUAUGCUGAAUUUGAAAAGAUUCAACGAAGAAAGAGAAAAGUGGGAAGUACAAGGCCCUUUGGGAUCAAGCCAGUGGAGGAGGAAUUAAAAGAAGUAGUAGAUCAUCCCUUAUAUGAAGAAAUACAGAAAAACAGUAAGAAUUCAGUGUACUAUGCAAAAAUAGAGCAGAAGCCAAGUUAUACAGAGCCUUUAACUCUACGUGGUGCAGAAGGCGAUGUGUAUCAAGCACGCACCCCUAGAAAAGAAACUCAAGGAGCACUCUAUGUGAAAGAUGAUAAGAAUGUGAAAAUAGAUUUACCGGUUGAUCAGAGACCAGCUGAAGAGAUUAAAGAUGAUGAAGAUAUUUUUGACAUAAUCAGUGACCACGAUGCCAAAGAAACAGAAGAAGAAAGAGCAUAUGAAGAGAUUGAAAGAAAGGGAAACAAAAAAGGAUGGCCGUUAAAGAUGUUUGGCUUUUUUUUCAGACCAAAAGUCAAAGAAGCCAAGUCUGAUACCUCCCUCAAGGCAAAAGAAAGACUAUUGAAGCAACCACGUGACCAAAUACAAUACCAAGAAUCACAACUAACAAAGGGACCAAGACACCCUGGACAACAGACAAAGUACCAAGGAAAACCGUACUGUGGCAAAAAAGAGCUGCUUUACCAGGCACAUUGGCCGUGGGACAGAAAAUAAUCACAAAACAACUGACAAGACAACUUGACACUCGACCUCAUAUUGUACCAGCUAAAGAGAUGAGGAAACUGGGGCCCAGAUAGGUUAAGCGUCUUGCCCAUGGUUGUACAGUGAUGGAGUCAGAAUUUGAAACUUCAGAGCCACAGAAUUUGCCGUUUGGAAGGUGGCCUUGGGAAUGAGAAACCAGUGUUUUUCAACAACAACAAAAAUCAUCUUUAAAUCUACUUGAAGCCAAUUUUUCUCCUAUCAUAGUUGCUUCCAUCUCACAUUCAGACAUCUUAACAGCAAGGAAAUCAUGCCUGGGGGGAAACGAGCCCCAAAGCAGUAGUUUCAGCUUACAAGGAGGGUUUCAGAUUUUUCAUGUCCCAAAUCACUCUAAUUCUCUUCCUUGGUAAUAUUUCUUUUUACCAAACAUUUAAAAGAAUGAAAUGUCGGUCACUAUAAUUAAACUCCAGAAAACUCUUCCAG